UGCGCGCGGGCUGCAUGAUGGCGGGCGGCUCGCAGCCGCGGCAGCUCCGAGCUUUCGUGUGGCGGCGGCGGCGGCCGCUGCAGGCGCCGGGACUUCCGCGUCGCCGCUAAGGGGAAGAAGCGCUCGGCCUCUGCGCGGAUGGGGAGCGGCGGUUGCGAAAGAGGGCGGCGGCCUCCUCCUCCGCAGCCGCCGCCGCGCCGGGGUUUCUGACGGGGCGCCUCUCUUCUCGGGUCGGGACGGAAAGGGAGCCUCGCCCGCCGCAGCAGGAGGCUGGGAGCCACCGACCCGCCCGCCGGACGAGGGGAUGUUGCGCUGGAUCCGGCAGCAGCUGGGUUUUGACCCACCACAUCAGAGUGAUAAUCGAACUAUUUAUAUUGCAAAUCGUUUUCCCCAGCAUGGCCAUUAUGUUCCCCAGAAGUUUGCAGAAAACAGAAUAAUCUCCUCUAAGUAUACUGUGUGGAAUUUUGUGCCCAAAAAUUUAUUUGAGCAGUUUAGAAGAGUGGCCAAUUUUUAUUUUCUUAUAAUAUUUUUGGUUCAGCUUAUGAUAGAUACUCCUACCAGUCCAGUUACAAGUGGAUUGCCAUUGUUUUUUGUUAUAACUGUGACAGCCAUAAAGCAGGGUUACGAAGAUUGGUUGCGGCACAAAGCAGACAAUGAAGUGAAUGGAGCUCCAGUGUAUGUUGUUCGCAGCGGUGGCCUUGUAAAAACAAGAUCAAAGAACAUUCGGGUAGGAGAUAUUGUGAGAGUAGCCAAAGAUGAAACUUUCCCUGCUGAUCUGGUACUUCUGUCCUCUGAUAGAGACCAUGGCUGCUGUUAUGUUACUACUGCAAGUUUGGAUGGAGAAACUAAUCUUAAGACACACAUUGCAGUCCCAGAAACUGCUGUGUUGCAGUCAGUUGCCAAUCUGGACAAACUUGUAGCUGUUAUUGAAUGCCAGCAACCAGAAGCAGAUCUUUACAGAUUUGUUGGGCGCAUAACCAUAAGUCAACAAAUUGAGGAAGUAGUGAGACCACUUGGACCCGAAAGUCUUCUACUUCGUGGAGCAAGGUUGAAAAACACUAAAGAAAUUUUUGGUGUUGCCGUGUAUACAGGAAUGGAGACAAAGAUGGCACUGAAUUAUAAGAGCAAAUCACAGAAACGAUCAGCAGUAGAGAAGUCUAUGAAUUCUUUUUUGAUUAUCUAUCUAAUAAUCCUCCUUUUUGAAGCUGUCAUAAGUACAAUAUUGAAAUAUGCCUGGCAGUCUGAAGAGAAGUGGAGUGAACCUUGGUAUAACCAUCAAACUGAUCAUGAAAGAAACAGCAGUAAGAUCUUGAGCUUCAUUUCAGAUUUUCUUGCCUUCCUGGUACUUUACAACUUUAUUAUACCCAUUUCACUUUAUGUGACUGUUGAGAUGCAGAAAUUUCUUGGGUCUUUUUUUAUUGGUUGGGACCUUGACCUCUAUCAUGAAGAAACAAAUGAAAAGGCCCAAGUAAAUACUUCAGACCUCAAUGAAGAACUGGGACAGGUGGAGUAUGUAUUUACAGAUAAAACUGGUACAUUAACAGAAAAUGUGAUGCAGUUUCGGGAAUGUUCCAUUAAUGGUCUCAAAUACCAAGAAAUCAAUGGCAAAUUAGUUCCUGAAGGACUGAUAGAAGACUUUCCAGAUGGAGUACAGCCCAGUUUUACACAUGAGGAAGAACUCUUCCUGAAAGCUCUUUGUCUCUGUCAUACAGUGCAGAUUAAUAAUGACCAAACUGAUGGCAUUUGUGACAGCCCGUGGCGUAGCAAUGGUCUACCAUCGCAGCUGGAGUACUAUGCUUCCUCCCCAGAUGAAAAAGCUUUAGUUGAAGCUGCUUGCAGGGUUGGUGUUGUGUUUACUGGGGCAAGUGCAGAAAGCAUGGAGCUUAAAAGCUGUGGAAAGCCAGAAAGGUAUAAAUUAUUACAUGUGCUGGACUUUGAUGCCAAUCGUAGGAGAAUGAGUGUGAUUGUAGAAAGUCCAUCAGGUGAAAAACUCUUAUUUACCAAAGGAGCAGAAUCUGUUAUUCUUCCUUGCAGUAAAAGUGGUGAGGUAGAAAAAACAAGAAUUCAUGUGGAUGAAUUUGCAUUGAAAGGAUUAAGAACUCUUUGCGUAGCUUACAGAAAAUUCACAGAGGAGGAAUAUAAAGAAGUGGAGAAACGUCUUUUUGAAGCAAAAACUGCCCUACAGCAACGAGAAGAGCGGUUGGCAGAUGCAUAUAACUUUAUUGAAAAAGACUUGGAAUUACUUGGAGCGACAGGAGUAGAAGACAAGCUGCAAGAUAAAGUCCAAGAAACAAUAGAAGCUCUCCGACUGGCAGGUAUUAAAGUGUGGGUGCUCACUGGAGAUAAGCACGAAACAGCAGUAAGCGUUAGCUUAUCGUGCGGACACUUCCACAGAACCAUGAAUAUCCUGGAAUUAGUGCAGCACAAAUCAGACAGCACAUGUGUGGAGCAAUUGAGACAACUAGCCAAGAGAAUAAAGGAUGACCACGUAAUCCAGCACGGGCUGGUAGUGGAUGGGACCAGUCUCUCCCUUGCCCUCAGGCAACACGAGAAACUCUUCAUGGAGGUCUGCAGAAAUUGCUCUGCUGUGCUGUGCUGUCGCAUGGCACCUCUGCAGAAAGCAAAGGUUGUACGGCUGCUGAAAACAUCUCCAGAGAAGCCUAUCACAUUAGCUAUCGGUGAUGGAGCUAAUGAUGUGAGCAUGAUACAAGAAGCUCAUGUUGGCAUAGGAAUCAUGGGCAAAGAAGGCAGACAAGCUGUAAGAAACAGUGACUAUGCAAUAGCAAGAUUUAAAUUCCUCUCCAAGUUACUUUUUGUCCAUGGCCACCUUUACUAUAUUAGGAUAGCAACCCUUGUACAGUACUUUUUUUACAAGAAUGUGUGUUUUAUUACACCACAGUUUUUAUAUCAGUUCUUCUGUUUGUUUUCACAACAAACUCUGUAUGACAGCGUGUACCUAACUUUGUACAACAUUUGUUUCACUUCCCUGCCAAUCCUUAUGUAUAGUCUUUUUGAACAGCACGUGCAUCCUCACGUAUUACACAGCAAGCCAGCACUCUACCGAGACAUCAGUAAAAAUGCCCACUUGGGCUUUAAGCCUUUCCUCUACUGGACCUUCUUGGGAUUUUUUCAUGCAUUUGUUUUCUUCUUUGGCUCCUACCUUCUGAUGGGAAAAGACACUUCAUUGCUAGGAAAUGGCCAGAUGUUUGGAAAUUGGACCUUUGGUACUCUGGUCUUCACAGUUAUGGUUAUAACAGUUACAAUGAAGAUGGCAAUAGAGACUCAUUUUUGGACUUGGAUAAAUCAUUUUGUUACUUGGGGGUCCAUUGUGUUUUACUUCAUCUUUUCCUUAUUCUAUGGUGGAAUAAUAUGGCCAUUUUUGCAUACCCAAGACAUGUACUUUGUAUUUGUUCAAUUGCUGUCCAGCGGCUCUGCUUGGUUUGCCAUAAUCAUCAUAGUUGUCACUUGUUUAUUUCUUGAUGUUGUGAAAAAAGUGUUGUACAGACACCUGCAGCCCACAAGUACAGAAAAAGCCCAGCUUACUGAGACAGGUCCAGGUAUCAACUGCUUGGAGUCCAUGUGUUGCCUCUCAGACGGGGAACCAGCCUGCACAUCUCUUAGAAGAAUGUUGGAACGAAUAAUGGGACGAUGCAGCCCAACCCGAGUCAACAGAUCAUGGAGCUCUACGGAACCUUUCUGUACCAGCGACCGAAGCUUCUUGACGUUAUCCACAAUGGACUCAGUUACUUGAGACUUUUCUCAGUGCCUUGUGGAAAUCCAUGACAUCUUUGUUGUAGCAAAUCUACCAGCCCCUUUACAGCAUCUUCUUUAAAUAUCAUGGCCAGGUUCAUACACUGGGGAAAGAAAGAAUUAAGCUUAGUAUUUGCGACAAAUUCUGUUGAAAAACUGUUCACUGGAGUUGAAACAUUAGCACUGUUUAGAUGGAUCCUCUUAAUUUUCCGUGGUCAUGUUAAUCAAUAAUAAUAAUAAUAAUAAUAAUAAUAAUAAUAAUAUGCUAGAAUCCCUUCAGAAAAGGGAUGGCUUUGUUUCCCAGAUAUCCACAACUAAUUAUCAAGAUAUGAGUGGCAUUGCUAAAUUGGGAAACCUUAACUUUCUUCUCUACAAGCUGAAGAGAUCCUCCUUCAUAAAUUGUCUUAGCUAAUCCUGAAAGAUUUUCAACAUGGGGGAAAAAAAUCUUAAGGAAGCUGUUAAAUAAAUUGGCUUUAUUUCUGGACAUUCAUGAUUCAAAUUUGGGGGAAGGGAUGCUUUUGGGGUAUUACUUUUCUUCUCCCCCCUCCCAACUAUUUAUUUAGUCAUAUUAUACUCUUGUUGAGAGCACUUAAGAAUUCUCCCUGAUUUUGCAGGGGUGGCAAAAAUACACAGCAGCACUUGUACAUAGUUUAUAUCAAAUGAACUGCAUACUCUUUAGGACAAUAAAUGAGAUUAUGGCUUCAGCAUAAAGAAGUUGCAUCCAUGAAUUCUUGAUAUAAAUCAAACUGUGCUUGUGGGCCAAAAUGCCGCAAAAGGAGCACUGAAAGCAGUAACCCCCAUCUCUCCUUCCCACAUUUUUCCAAUAAUGCACUGGGGGGAGACGAAAAACAUCGCAUUUGCUUUUGACACUCCAGUCUCACAUCUCUGGCUGCAGAGAACACAGAGCAUCUUUUUUUUUCUUUUUUCUUUUUCCUUUUUUGCCAGCAAUGGUUUUCACGAUGUGAGAUUGCUUCUCUGGGUACCUGCAGAUCAGUUACAAGGUCAUCUUUCCCUUGCCCAAGAUGUGGGCUGCAGCUGCCCCAUCCGUAUGGGUGCUGCUUCCAGAAAUUAACCAUUUUUCGGAAACUCCACUGUGUAACUCUGAUCUGGCUAUAUACUUGCAUGACUUUUAGGAAUGUCGACUAUUUUAUUUUUUAUGUUGAUUUUUCUCCCCCAUUAUGAGCAGGAAGGAUGAUUCAGUGUGACAGUGUUUUUCAAACUUGGGAACUUUAAGAUGGGUGGACUUACAACUCCCAGGAUUCCCCAACCAGUGCAGUAUGGCAUCCUGGCAAAGUGCCAUUCAUUUCAAGGGCAUGGACAAAGAAGACCUUUUCAGGGAAAUGCCCCUUGUGACCAGCGACUUGCCCUUGCAUCAACGUAUUUGGCGUUUUUCCCUUAUGCCAAAGAUUAUUUACCUGUUUUAUUUCUAUCCUGCCUUUCUACCCUGAGUUCCUAUUUAAAGGAGCGCCAUUUCAUCGAUCACCCAUAUCCAUCUAUCCAUUGUUUCCAUUCUGGUGUGUCUUUUUUUUUUCAUUUCCCCAAAAGGAAUUGUUAAGGAAUCCAGGUUGAGAAAUUAUCAAACUCCAAGCAUUUAUUAAAAUCCAUGUCAUACGAUUAAUAUUUCCAGGUUUUGUACGACAUUAGAGCUUAACUCUUUCUGUCCACAGAUGUGCAAUUCUUACUUGAAGAUGAACUGACUUCCUUUUUUUCCCCAAACUUCCCAUUUCUUUCUCCUCCCUCCUCAGUGUGUGUAAGGGUGCAGAAGAAGCAUGCAUUUAAACAAAUUCAGGAAGAGUUUAAGAAUCCGUCUGUCCAAGCCGGGUAUCAUUUUCUAUCUAAGGGGCAAAAGUAACAACAAAAUGAAGACACGUUUCCUUCUCCUGUUUGUUGUUCUAUGACCAGCAAAUGACCAGUCAAACGGAAGGAAAGCAAAUGUGUUUUACAUCGGAUCAUAAUAACUUUCAUCAUUUCUUUCUAUGAAUGUUUGUGUAUUUUAGUAACUGGUUAUGUUUAUUUCUAGGUUGAGUAUCAAGUCAAAACACAUUGCAGAGCAAAGAAAAGCAAAUGUAGGAGCUUGUGUGAAAUUAAUGAGUUCCAACAGAUAUUUUAACAAUUGAGAUAAGCCGAGGAAGGAAGCAGGCUCAUUUUCCUUCAUUAAGUUUUGGGGGGGUAGAUGGGGCAAGUUCUGUAGGUCUUUCCAGGGCCUGGAGAACACACACAGAAAAGAAGGUGACUUUUUCCCCCAAGUCCAGUAACUUCAUGGAUGUGGACAUGUAAUUUUCUUGGCAGCGAUACAGCAGUGGAUUGCCACUGACGUUUCCUGGAAUAGUUUUUCAACUUCCCAGUCCAGGCUACCACUCUGGUAACAUCAUGCCCGCUUAGUGUUUUGCUCCAGUGUUCAUAGAAGAGUCUUGCUCCUGGUGAACACAGGGCAGCAUCUUACGCAUAGUGCGUGGUGGUGUAGAGGAUUCAGGGCAGGAGGAGCUGAAAAGACAGCCCUUGACAAUGAUGUCAGUUGAGAACUCUGGAAGUGCAUCAGUUCUGGGUUGCUCAGGAAUUUCUGCAUCAGUUGCCGGGGUGGGGGUGUUAAGUGGUUCAGAAAGCCAUCUUCUCCGUGCUCACUGAAAACGAAGCAAGUCCCAGUUUUCUUUCUGCCACAGAGUGGCCCAGUAUAGACUGUCUCUAGGUGAGAUCUUCAUGACUCAAGUACGGGAAAAGUCUCCUGAUUUCAACCCCAAUUUGUACAGAGGGUGUGAGAAUCACAUUUCUAUUAGGUAGUUUUUCAGUGGGUGCCUUUAGGUUCUGGAGUAUGUUCUGUGCCACUCAUUUUGGGGAAGAAGAAGUGGGAAGUUAGGAAAAAUGUUUGUCUAAUGGUUGGUAACUAAAAUCUGGUACUUUGACCAUCAUACCCAUUUCAUCUCAGCUGCUGUCAGUAUGGCACUCAGAUUGAAUUGCUGUAUGCCUCAGUAUAGUUUAAGUAGAAGGAAUGGAAAGGAGAUGUCCUCCUUUCAUGAUAACCUGUAAUAAUCAGGCCACGUUGCUUUUGUAGAAUGUAGAAGGUACAGUCCCUGCCAUUCCUGAAGACUCAUAGAGAUUGACCAGAUUUAAGACCCCCGUUUCCAGCGAGGCAUGGCAUCAUUUCAUAGGCACAAAAGGGUUGGCAGUGGAUGGGGACUGACCAUCCUCCAGAAUGUAGUUUAGAAGAAAUAAAUUAGGGUUGACGUCUGUCCCCAGAUUCAGCCACAAAACUCCCAUUAUAAAUCACUCGGUUAAAGUAAUCUCUUCUUAUCUGCCCCUUGAUGAUCCUAUAGAGACCGAUGCCUCCUAAAAUUCAGUCCACUGUCUUUGCAACUAAAAAGAUACUACUUCCCACCUGCAAAAUGGAUGCCAGGUUAAAUUUGUUCCACAUAAAUUUAAACUACAGGUGCUAAAUAUUUGGAGGAAUUUCCUGAUGGUAAGAACUGCCAAUCAAGAAAUAGGUUGCCCUAUGAAGACCUUUCACUGGAGGCCUUCAAAUGGGCUGGACAGUCAUCUGUCCACAAGGCUUUAGCAGUUCCUGUACCAAGUAAGGGGAUGAAUUAAAUGACUUUAGAGAUCCCUUCCAAAUUUGUAACUCUUUAUUUAUUCCAGUAUGUUGUAUUAAGAAAGGGUGUGCUGUUAGAAAUUUUGAAUAGUUUGAGUCAUGUGUGGAAGUGCAGUCCUCACUUAACAACCACAAUUGGGAUUGGCAACUCUGUUGCUAAGUGAUGCGGUCGCUAAGUGUAUCAGACUUACGAUGUCAGUUUAGCUGCAGUCGUGAAGUGAACCACCUGUGGUCAUUAAGUGAGACAUCACGUGACUGAUUUGCGAUUUCACUGCCUGCUUCUGCAUUAACUUUGCUCGUCGUAAGCUGGCUGUGAAGGUCGCAAUUGGCAAUUGUGACUGCGGGACGCUGUGACUGUCGUAAAUGAGCACUGGUUGUGAAGUAACCAAAUGGCAAUUGGAUGACCACAGGGACACUGCAACACCCAUAAGUUUGAGGACCAGCCAUAAAGUCACUUUUUCAGCAGUGUCAUAACUUUGGUUGCUAAACAGGGCAGUCAUUAACCAAGGACUACCUGUAUAUGGACAAACGGUUUGAUGUAUUAUAGGUCAGGGUUUUCUUUUUAAUAUGUAUUGUCAUUGUAGUAACUGUACUAAUGAAACUGUCACUGUUGCAAUAUAGAGAUUGCAGCUUCUUGGACAUACUAAGCAUUUGCUAAAGGUCACCAACCCUCCUAGGAUAGAUCCACUAGAGCAGCUGAACUAGAAGGCAUAAUUGUAAAGCUACUUUUAAUUCUUAGUGGUGGGUGGAAUUAAAGGUAGAUCCUAGCUCUAGAAAAUCUAAAGGCCAAGCUGGUGCUAUCACCAUGAAAAAAAAGUGCUAGCAGUAAUGUAGAGAUUGCAGCUGCUUUGAACAUUUGGUCCUUUUUCUUGUUCUGUUUUAGAGAUGCUUGAGAUGGAUGCUGAGGCCCUGGGAAGUGGGCUUAAACAAAUGUUUUAAAGCUUCAUCCUGGGCCUCAUCUGUAGACAGUAACACACUUAACUCUGUGGUCCUAUGUGUAUUUAAUCUGGGAGUAGCUUCCAUUGAACAUAGUAAUACUUAAUUUGGGGGGAAACAUGCAGGAUUAUGCUUUAAUUAACAAACUGAUUUCAGCAAGACAUAACUCACUGUCCCCAGAUUAGAGCCAAAUGUCUGGUUUUAAGGAAACCCAACAUAAUCAACAGUACUAAUUUUUGUACUUUUAAAAUGAAUGGCCAUUGUUUUGAGAGAUGUGUCUUAUUUUAUUUUAGUAGUAGAUUGAGAGAUGUACUCUCUCCUUUGCUUGGAAAAUCCUUUAUUUUUAAAUUUUAGAUUGCAGAUGAGAUGUUACUCCCGCUAUGCCAAAGAUGGCUUCCUAAAAUGUGCUUGAUUGAUUCUGUCCUUAUGCUCAUGGAGAAUGAACCAUAGUGAUUGUCUGUUUUAAACAAGCAUGAUUGGGUUCACUGAUCUUAAAUUUUGGAAGGACCCCUGAAUAUUCCAGUUGGGAGGACCCAAAGUGCACUCCCUCAUCUUCUGAAUUGCUUCAGCUCAAGUCGCGUGUGUGGAGGGAGCAGAAUUUGACUAGAAGCCAGAGCAAUACCUGGUCCCAAGGACGCUUGACCGCAGACCCUGUGGCCACCCCACCCCCCCAACCACCAUCAUUUGAGAUGCUUUGUGGCAACAGAGUCGAACACAGCUUCCUGUACUGCUAUGUCAAUAAGUUGUUAUACAAAAUGUUAUGGAAAUUAUAUUUAUUGAAUAAAACCUUUGACUUUUA